AUGCUUGGGGCAUGCGACGCAGAUUGGGGUUCCAGAGUACCAGAUGCCCGGACCAGCGUUGUGGGCCAAGAGAUUGCGCGAAAGAGAUUUCGUGCAGCUCUGGAACAGUACGAAGAUCAUGUAUACGAGAUGACCCAGCCGAUCAUACACGAGUGGGCUCAGCAGCGCCAAGACGAGGGCGCAUCCUCGGGCAGCUCGAACGCGUCGGGGCCCAGUAUCAUCGACCUCCUUCCCGCGCAUUGGCGCACGUGGCAGCGUCCAAGGCAGCGCGCUGGGAGUUUGGAGCUCCCAGAAUUCUAA